AUGGGCUUAAAAGCCAUGUUCAAAAGGCUCAAACCAAUUAAUAUUAUCUGUCAAUUAUUUACAGAUCCGGAGGUGCGGAAGAGAUUCCCCGAGGACUACAGUGAUCAGGAAAUUCUGCCCACCGUGGCCAAGUUCUGCUUCCCUUUCUACGUGGACAGCCUCACGGUGGGCCAGGUGGGCCAGAACUUCACAUUUGUCCUCACGGAUAUCGACAGCAAACAGAGGUUCGGCUUCUGCCGUCUGUCCUCGGGCGCCAAGACCUGCUUCUGCAUCUUAAGUUAUCUCCCAUGGUUUGAGGUCUUUUAUAAACUGCUGAAUAUUCUGGCAGACUACACAGUGAAGGGCCAGGACAACCAGAGGUGUGAACUUUUGCAGACCCUUUAUAAAUUGCCGAUUCCUGAGCCAGCUUCUUCGGUUCAUCUCAGCGUGCAUUCUUACUUUACGGUGCCCGACACCAGGGAACUUCCCAGCAUCCCCGAAAAUAGAAAUCUGACUGAGUAUUUCGUAGCUGUCGACGUCAACAAUAUGUUGCAUUUGUAUGCGAGCAUGCUCUACGAACGCCGCAUUCUCAUCUGCUGCAGUAAAUUGAGCACGUUGACUGCCUGUGUCCACGGCUCGGCCUCCUUGCUUUACCCAAUGUAUUGGCAACACGUCUACAUCCCGGUCCUGCCUCCUCAUCUCUUGGACUACUGCUGGUAAGCAUACAUGCCUCCUCCUCUUAGAGAUCUGCCUGAAGAUCUAAAGGGGUUUAAACAAUUUCAAGACUCACGUAAGUUUUCUGAAAGAUCUCCCAGCAUUCAAACAGCAUUCAAUAAUUGGUUUAGACCAGUGCUUGUUGGCCAAUGGAAGAUGGGAGAACGUCGACUUCCAGAGUUCCCCAGCCAAAAUGCAGUUAUUGUGAUGCUUCCUGGUGAACAUUUAGACUGGACAGAUGCUGCUUUUUUAGGAGUAGGCAGAAGAUCUUGAGGGGGUCUUUGGUGCUCUCUGAGCUUGGUUUUUUUCUUCCAGACGUUUCGUAACCCAUUUAGGUAACAUCUUCAGACUACAAUUGGGUCUCCGUUAGUCCUUCUUGAGACAUACCCAAUUCCUACAACCGU